UUUAAUUAGUUUGAAAUAUGAUAGAAAAAGCUGUUGAAUUUUCUCCCAUUCCCAUCUUCUUUGAUACUUCCACCCAUAAACUUGUCUUUUACUAACACAACCAAUCGAAGCAGGGGUCAUCAAUAUCCACAACUGCAUUUACCCAGAAAUCCAAACUGCAAAUAUAUUUUAAGAGUUUGACAGAAGAAGAAGAUCAUGGCAUUCUGGGGAGGAUCCCAACGGCAAAUCAGACGGUUGCUUGAGGUCACAGUUGAUCGAUGCUACAACUUGGAGGACACAGAGCCAUUUGCAACUGAUUACUCAUGUGUCCUUGUAUAUGGCGGUUCCAUGAGGAGGACCCGACCAUGCUUUGGUACGUAUGUGGUUUUAAUUUUGGGAAUUCAAAUUCAAAUGAAAUCACUCUGUGAAUUGAAUGAUUCAUUAGGUAAAGGUAUACACCCAGUGUUCGAGGAGAAAUUCGUUUUUGAAUUCACUGAGAAAGAUGUAGAAUUGAACAUUUGGGUAUUGGCCAAUAAGCCCACAAGAAACGAGGAAGUUAUUGGUUCUCUAAGAGUUCAGCUCCAACAACUAAUUUUUGAUGGUCAUGUUGACUCUACCUGGACUCUUCAGAAAACAGAUGGCAGGCCUGCAGGUUACUUACGGCUCACAAUGCAAAUCCCCACUUCCAGUUGUAGAUUAGAGCGCCAAGACUCGUAUUACACAGCGCCAAGGUUGGAUUCUACAGCUCCUCCCGAAGCAGAUGGAACCCAACGCCCAAUUUUGUACAACCUCCUACCAUAUGGCGCCCGUCCCCCGCCGAGCCCAACGCAGCCAAAUGAGUCUGCCGCUGCUCUUUGGUCCCAAUUCCUGCCAUAUGGUUCUCCACCACCAACUACCUCUGCCUACAAUACAACCACUGCUCCCCCUGCAGGCUACCCAAUUCAUUCUCCCCCUGCAGGCUACCCAAUUCAUUCUCCCCCUCCACCAGGUUCAAGCUUCCCCGGCAUUUACCCACCUCCAUCGCGCUAACGACUCACCUCAGCAUGUUCUGUAGAUUAAACGUGAGAAAGCUUUCACUGUGCUAAUCGAUCACUAAAAAUUAUUCUUUGAUGUGAUUAUAUCUCCAUUUUUAAUUUGUGGUAAUAAAGGACGAUGGAGUGAUGAGUGUUGGGUGGUUUUUAUUGAUGUAUUUAUGAUCUAGGGAGGAAUGUCUUUGAGGACUGGCAUUAAUUAAUAAGUUUGAUUGUGUUGUUACCAAGUAAUUAAAGUGAUUCAUACCACGGAAGAUUAGUUGAAACUUUAAAGCAAAUUAAAAGCAAAGAAACAUUUCUGUCAUA